UAGAUUCAAACUCGGGUCCGCGGCAGGGCGGCCAGAGCCCGGGGCGCGCAGGCUGCAGGCCGCGGGGUGGGGAUCCAGACGGCAGCCUCCCUUUCGCGGCCCCCAUGAAGCCGGCGAGCCCACAGCCCGAGCCACCCCCCGGGGCCUGCCCAGCCGCCGUGCGCCUUUGCGGCCACCUGCGCAAACCCGCGUCGCAGAGCCGCCGCUUCUUUGUGCUGCACGCCGCGCCGCCGCGCCUGGACCGCUACCGCAGCGAGGGCGCCUUCCGCACUGGCCACGCGCCCCCGCAGCGCAGCGUCAGCCUGGCGGGCGCGUGCACCGUGAGCAAGCGCGUGGACGCGCGCCGCCGCCCGCUCUUCGUCGUCUACACCCGCGAGCGCAGCCUGGGCGCCGUGGCCGCCAGCGAGGCGGAGCAGCAAGCGUGGUACAGCGCACUGCUCGAGGUGCGCGCCGCCGCCGCCGCCGCGGCGGGGUGACUCCCCACUGUCUCCACAGGGCCCGGUCCCCCCGACGACCCCUGCACCUGGCUCGCCGCCCGGGCGCAGGACGUGUGGCCAGUGACACUGCAGCCCAAGGGGCUGGGACGCGCGCGGGGCCUGGGCGGCGGCUACCAGCUGUGCCUGGGCCCCGGGGUGCUCAGCCUGCUCCGCAAGCCCCGCCGGGCACUCCGGGCACCCCGCGCCCCGCCCGCCCUGCGCCUGCCGCUACUCAGCGUGCGCCGCUGCGGCCACGCCGAUGACUUUUUCUUCCUGGAGCUCGGCCGAUCGGCGCCCACAGGCCCCGGGGAGCUGUGGCUGCAGGCGCCCGACACCGCGGUGGCCCGGAGCAUCCACGAGGCGGUGCUGGCCGCCAUGAGACGGCUCGGGGACCCGGGGGCCCGCGUGGAGCCAGCGCCCAGGGACCCGCCGGUCGGCAGCGCCAGGCCCGCCGUCCCCGCACCGGACGAGGCCCGGGUCUCCUCUCGGCCGAGUGGCCGCAGCCGUCGAAGAGCUUCGGGCGAGUCAGCAGCGCUCCCGGCCUCCAUCUCCAUGGGCACGGGGAGCGACUAUGAGCCCAUGGGAGGGGGCGGCGAGGCGGCUGGCUACAUGGUGAUGGCGCCCCCGGGAUCCCGGGAACCCGAAUACGAGCCCAUGAGCCUCUUCCCGUCAGGGGCCCCCUCCAGCUGCCUGCCGCGCUCCCACAGGGAUGGGGCGGGGGCCAGCCAGGGACCCGAGGGGCCAGCCGGGGAGUACGUGUGCCUCCGCCGUGCGCCCGGCGGCCGCCUCAACUACAUCGACCUGGAGCUGGUGCCGCCGCUGGAGGCGCGGGGCGGCGCCCGGGGGGGCUGCGCUGGGAGCGCGCACAGCUACGCGCACCUGGACUUUCAGAGCCUCAGGGAAGCGCGGGUGAGCACGCCCGGCGCCCCGCACCCUCCAGCGCCUGGGCAAUUGGGGCGGGGGGGGGGGGGGGUGUGUGUGUUCCUGCAGGAAGCUAUUCUUUGA